UAGGUUGUCACGGGUGACUGGUCAACAUAAAGUAUGUACUACAGCAUUGUUAUAACUUAAUCUUCAUUCUCCCGAGUCCGUUAUUCGGUAAGGUGUUACAAGUAAAUUCCCUAAUAUCAGGUUAGUAGUUAACGACAAAGUAAGCAGGAGUGUUUACAUCCAACAUGGGUUGUAGUUCGUCCCAGACAGAAUCCGGAGUCCGGACAGAACGGACUUCAGGGAACACUGGAAACUCUUCUGAAAAUAACAACAAACAGAAUGAAGAGGUGAAAAAAGAAAGUAGUGUUUCCGAGGAAGACAGAAAACAACAGAAAUUUCGAGAUGAAGUAUUAGCAUCCCACAACAAGUACCGGGCCAAACACGGAGCUGAACCCUUAGCCCAGGCCAAAGACCUGGACGAUAUCGCCCAAAAGUGGGCGGAACAUCUCGUCAAAAACAACAUAUUCGAACACAGCGAUACAAAACACGGGGAAAACCUGUGGGGAGGAGGGGCGAACGCUACAGGUAAAGAGGUGACAGAGGCUCAUUAUAGUGAAAUCAAACAUUACAACUUCGCAACAGGUGGAUUCAGCAUGGAAACAGGUCACUUUACACAGGUGGUAUGGAAGGGCAGUAAGGAGCUUGGUACCGGAUACGCACGUAACAAUACCGGUAUGUCUGUCGUCUGCUGUAACUAUCGCCCGGCCGGAAAUGUACAAGGCUACUUCGGAACAAAUGUUUCGCCACCGUAGACACGGAUUUUAUUUACAAGGGGAUGCCAUGAUGUACAUAAAAAAAAUUAUAUACAGUACCGAAACUAUGUCAAAACACAGUGUACCUAAUUCACGAUUAAACAUGCUAUUUCUGGUGAUUACACAGCCGUAACAUACAACUUCCGGUUUUCACAAACAAGUAUAUAACACUUCCAGUUUCUCAAACAUAGUGCUUCCGGUAACAACACACUUAAACAUUACGUCAGUGGUUGUAGUGUGUGUUCACACUGUAGCCAUUGGAAUCCAAGGCAAUGCUGUGAUAGAAUAUCGAUUGUAUAUUAUAUGCCAUGUCUUUUUCAUGCCAAUUUGUACAUUGCCUGCGUACCCGGAUGUUAUAAAGCAGGCGAAACUCAAUGAAAUAAAUGACACACUUUGCCCUAUGUAAAUCGAUGAAUAAUGAUUUUCGUUGUAAUUUAUGUCAAUGAUUUUGUAUUCUUUAUAAGCUGUGAUGCUGUCCUGUUGUAAAAUACUGUUAGACUGUGUACAUCGACGCUAUUCCAAUUUAAUUUCUACUAUUUCGUAGUCAUUCAUUUCCUUCUUUUCCUGCAUAGUAUCGGUAUGCAUUGAACAUUAUAAGUCGUCGAUUCCAGACAAGGAGAAGACGGACUCGGUUUUUGGAUAACGCUAUCAUAACUAUCAUAUAUACCAGUGUAUGGUUUAGCUGUGUGUGAAAACCAACUUCCGGGACGAAUUGACGGAUGUACGUACGAGUUGUCUUUCUUCCAUAGUUCGGCGUACUACAUUACUACAUAUCUCUGGAACAAGCGGGACUACCAUUGAGGGAAUUUUAGAAGAACACAUCUUUAGAAAUAAUAUAUGCAUUCCUCUGAAUCCAUCCAAUUAAUCACAUUUCUGGUAAUUAAAUAUACAAUGACCAUCCUAAAAGCGUCAGAGGAAACAUAUUGAAAGUUAAAAUCAAACUCUAAGAUCGAUUCAUGAUUUAAAAAGAGAAUCUUAAAGUAAUAUUAAUGUAUUCUGCAACUUUUUACAACACAACUUAAAAGUCACUAGAUCUGUAUUAAAGUUUAUAUGGAUAUGA